AUUAAUAUUAAAAUUUAAUAUGAGCGCUAAAAAGAAUACAAAUCAAUUUGAAGAGGAUUCAGAGGAUUUUGAAGAGUAAUAAACUAAAAAGAAAAUAAAGAAAAAUGAAGAGCAAAAGAAAAGUGAUGAUAAGAAUGAUGAAGAAUUUGAGAUUGACUCAGAGUAAGAGGAAGAUGAAGAAAUUGAAGAUGAUGGUAAUUAAUUUAAGAAAUAAAAUUAGGAAUCUAAACUUCUUCUCAUUCUAGUAUAGAUUUAUAGGCUUAUCUAGAAAAAAGAGAUUAAAUUCCAGAUGAAGAUGAUGAUGAAGAUGAGGAAGAAGACAAUUAAUUAAAACAAAAGAAAUAAACUUAAAAAAAAUAAUAAUAAAAAGUAUCUAAAAAACAAUAAGAUGAUGAUGAUGAUGAAGAUGAUGAUGAUGAUGAUGAUGAUGAUGAUAUUGAAGAUGAUGAAGAUGAAGAAGAAGUUGAUGAAAGUGAUGAUGAACCCCCUAAAAAGAAAUAAAAAGUUUAAUAAUAAUAAUAAUAACAAAUAAAAAAAUAAAGAUGA